UAUAAUCAUAAUCAUGACCAUGGCCAUCCGCAACAAGCCAACCAGAAUGUGGUCAUUAUAUGUCAUUAUUGGUGCUGUGGUCGCGACUAGUGAAACAUAACUGUGAUUAAAAAAUAGCUUUUAUUAUCUUAGGAAAUUUGCACAAAACGAGCAGAGGCACUUGGAGAAACAUUUUAUUCUUGCAAACUCUUCUAUGUCCAGUAGGUGACGCUGUCUGCCAACGCCAGCACUCCUCGGAGUGGGGAGGCACACGUUGACUCGAGCCUAACGACUCCCAUCUCGUCAUCAUUUGUAACCAUAGAGCAUGAAUUACCUCUUGAAGUCAUCAGUGAGAAUUUACGACUGGUCAACAAAAGCACGUGAUUCCGAAACGCACCCCCACCCCCAUAUUUGGCCGCAUACAUAGCAAAAACGAAGUACAGUGCAUUGCUAUAAUUCAUUAAUACAUCAUAAAUCGUCAAGCACAGCGUUAUAACGACCAAGAUCUACAAAUCAAGCCCUCUAAAACAACCUAAAUGAGCUCUUACUUUGUAAACUCGUUCUCAGGGCGCUACCCAAAUGGCCCCGACUAUCAGUUACUAAAUUAUGGAACUAGCGGCAGCGCCAUGAACGCUUCGUACAGGGACUCGGGCACCAUGCAUUCAGGCUCUUACGGCUACAACUACAAUGGGAUGGACCUAAGCGUCAAUCGUUCAACCAACACGGGCCACUUUGGGGCUGUUGGGGAUAACUCCCGGGGCUUCCAGUCCCCGACCCCGGAGACGCGGUUUCGGCAGCCGUCAAGCUGUUCGCUCGCCUCCGCGGAGCCCCUUCCCUGCACCAACAGCGAGAGCCUGGGAUCCAAAAGCUCCUCGCCCCCCUCCGACCAGAGCGCUUCCACGACGGCCAGUAACCUCAACAACAGCAGCACACAUUUCACAGAAAUCGACGAGGCUAGUGUUUCUUCCGAGACCGAGGAAAGCAGCCACAGAUCAAACAACCCCGCUCCCCGGACGCAGCAGAAGCAGGAGUCCACAGCCACCUCAACCUCGUCGGCGUCGAGCGAUGGCCAGACACCGCAGAUAUUCCCCUGGAUGCGGAAACUGCACAUAAGCCAUGAUAUGACGGGACCAGACGGAAAAAGGGCCCGAACCGCAUACACCCGUUACCAGACGCUAGAGCUGGAGAAAGAGUUCCAUUUCAAUAGGUACCUCACCCGCAGGAGGAGGAUAGAGAUAGCCCAUGCGCUCUGCCUCUCAGAACGGCAAAUUAAGAUCUGGUUCCAGAAUCGAAGGAUGAAAUGGAAGAAGGACAAUAAGCUGAAGAGCAUGAGUUUGGCUACUGCAGGUAGCGCCUUCCAGCCCUAGUAGCAGCCGUACAAAAUCAUCGUUGAGUUGUUUGAAAGGGUAUAAGAUAAUACAACAAAAAAUGAAAAACAUAAAAUAGAUUUCAAGAUACAGUUACAGAGUCCAGUUCAGUGCGGCACUUUUCGGCAUGUUGAUGUUUUAGGCAACUUAAAAAAAAUCUACUGUGGUACUGUUAUAAUUAAUAAAAAAAAGGUUAGCGUUCAUAUGUUGAUGUUUUUAAUACUAUGGUGACUAUUAUUUCGACAGGAAGGAAAGCAAAAAAAGAUAUCCAAUGCCGCCUGAUGUCCUUGUUAUUAUAAAUAUUGUUUAUGUGUCAAGUGCUAUGUUAAAUGCUUUCUCGAGAGUUAGCAUGCAGCUCUUAAAUGUUAUAACUUAUUUACGAUCUAUAACAAGUGUAUACUUUUAAGUUUACAAGUUAGACUUGCCUCUGCCCCAUAUGAAGUGAAGCUGUAGUAUAGUGGUGAUUUGCUUUGCCUCUGCAGACCCCCCCAGUGUGUUUCAUGCCCCCCACCCUCAUGCUUACCAACUAUUUGUCUGCACAAUGCCUUUAGGUUCUCGUCAUAAUGCUCAAAUCCUUCAAUAUUUUGUUUUGGAGAGAAAACAAAAGGGGAAAACCUGUACAUAGAGUUCGCUGUUUCAGUUCAUAUAUGUGUAUAGUUAUAUUCAAACAAAUGUAAUUGUAUAUUAUUGGACCAUGUUUAUGUUCCAACAAGGAUGUACAUAUUAGACAUUUUUAAUGUGACCAAUUAGCUCUUCGUAGAAGGCAGAGUGGAUGGCAAAUGUGUGAAAGCUGAAAGAAUUCGCAACUUCUGUCCGACUGCCUGUACGCAUUUUGCCAAUACGCUUUUUGUAUUUGUUUGUAGCUUCAAUUGGAGUAAAAAAUAAAGUUCAUCAUAUUCAGACCAACAAACUGGUGCGCCUCUGUUGCAUUUUGGUAUGGGUGACCUCGCAGUGUACCCGAUGACCAGGGUAUCUGUGGGUCAAACGCAUCUCAGACACACACUGCCAACUUCCUCGCCGAGGUAAAUGCGACCACCAACCCCACUUCGACAAUAAUCAACUAUCGAUUUGUCUCAACAUUGUUAAAACUGUCUUGUAACAUCCUCGCACAAUUAAGUCACU